UAUGAUUGGAUUGACUUGAUUGCAAGGGUCCAAAUUUCAUGGCGGGGUGGCCCUGUUAGACGGGUUCCAUACACAACACCGAGAUGGCUCCACAGCUGCAAGAAAUAUUCCUCAACAAGAACCGCCUUCUCGAUACUAACGAAGAAACAUGUUUGAAGGUUUGUCUCAUUAAUGGAAUGAUUAUGGGAGGUGGAGCUGGAUUAUCCAUGAAUGGAAAGUUUCGGGUCGUCACAGAAAAUACGAUUUUUGCCAUGCCAGAGGCAUCCUUAGGACUAUUCCCUGAUGUGGGUGCAUCCUAUUUUCUAUCUCGUCUCUCAGGCUUCUUUGGGGAAUACAUAGGUCUCACUGGCAAAAGACUAGACGGAGCUGAAAUGGUAGCAUGCGGCCUUGCAACUCACUUUGUCCUUUCCACGAACUUACCUUUGCUGGAAGAGGAAUUGAAUAAGGUGGAUUCGUCAGAUCUGACUAUUAUCUCCACCAUUAUCGAUGCAUUUUCACUAACUUCAAUUUUGAAGGAAGAUAGUGUUUAUCGAAGAUGCAGAAUGGAUAUUAUUAAUAAAUGCUUCUCCAAAGGAACAGUGGAAGAAAUUCUAUCUGCACUAGAAUAUGAAGCUAUAAACAAAACAGAUGACUGGAUUGUUUCAGCUGUUAAGUCAUUGAAGACAUCAUCGCCAAUGGGUCUUAAAGUUUUUCUUAAAUCGAUUAGAGAAGGACGGACACAAGGCAUCGACCAAUGUUUAAUUCGGGAAUACAAAAUGGCUUGUCAUGCCCUUAGAAGAACAGUAACCGAUGAUUUCUUUGAGGGUUGUAGGGCAGCAUUGUUCGACAAAGAUAAAAAGCCUAAGUGGGAGCCUUCAAAAUUGGAAUUGGUUAGCAAAGAAAUGGUGGAUCAGUAUUUCAUUGCAGUAGACAGUGAUGAUUGGGAAGAACUACAACUUCCUAUCAGAUCGAACUCCACCAAAUUAGCUACAGCAAAGCUCUAAGGAUUCUUGCAGAUGAAAGUGAUCUAAAGUGCACAUCACCACUACCAAAGGAGGUCCAUGAAUUCCAAAAUAGAUUAUCGUAAGUGACAAAUGUUGAAUGUUGGAUGAGUUAUUAUAGUGUUACUGUAAGAUGGUUUAUUAUCAGAUACAUGAUGCAUGUUAUUUUAUUGUGUAUGCAACAUAUGCAUUGCACUUUAGUUUACGAGGGAUAUGGUAAUCUUUUGCCCAUAUAAAGAUGACUGUGUGAUUGGAAGUUUACCAUUUUCCAAUAUCAUUAGGCAUCAAAUUCCAUUGAGUUUGGUAGAAAAAAUGUGUCCCUAGAUUGUUCGAUGCACCCACCCUUGAUGUAUCUUUAAUGAGCAUUGAAGGUAGUCUUCAUGCUCCUCACCUUAUUUCCUUUAA